UGCUCUUUUAAUAUUGAGUUUCUCAUAUCUUCCAACAUAUCUAAGCUGAAAGCAGCCAAUCAAGGCUUGCGUUCCCAUAAGAAAAAUUCCAGGUGAAGGUGCCACGUUUUGCCCAUAUCCAAAAUGGAUGACGCUACGUGACGCAUGCAGAAGUUUCCCUGACUAAAUGUUUACGCUAGGCUAGGGAAUGGGCUGUGGAGGAUGAAAUUGCCCUGAUCCAAAAUGGCCGCCACCGCAUCCUUCUUCUCGAGACGGAAUCUGCGUUCUUUUCACCUAUUAAAAGAUGGCAGUCCUGGAGGAAGCUGGAAAUUUCUCUCUCCCUUGGCGUUGCCCAAAGCUCAAAUUGCCCCUCUCCCCUCAGCAAAACCUAUCAUCGCUGAAAAAAACAACCUCCUCCGCUAGAACUUUUAAGAACUCAACGUUCCAUUGUAACUUGAGCCCCUUCGUUGGUGCCCGUCCCUUAAUUAAGAUGGCUACUUUAUACCCGCGCUGUCGUCAAAGAUGGCAAAACCACCCACCAAUGUACGAGGAGGGAGCCGUUGAAGGGCGGGACUGCCACGGUUUGCUGACCUCUGAUAGGUCGGGAGAAAGCUUUCCCCACCCCGUUGCUCAUGUUUCCCCAGGUAGAAAAGAACACUUCCCGGUAUAGCAUGCAAGGCAAUGUUUGCAGAUGAGCAACUCAGUGCAGAGGCAAGAACUGGGUUUGGGAAGCGGGAAGAAGAGUUGGGGCUGAGCAAAGGGAGGGAUAGCGUGGAAAGAAGUGUGGGAGAGGUCCUGAAGACUGGAGGAUGUCAGGGGUGGGGAGACCUUGAGAAGUGCUUCUCCUCCUUUCCCCCCCUCUCCUCCCCACUGAUUCCUACGUAAGGUCAUCUGGCUUUUUGGAGAAAGCAUACCCGGUGAGAAGGGAAUAGUCCUUUCCGGGGGGGGGGUUAUCUCAAAUGUCCUUCCCCCUCCCAGCAUAAAUGUAUAUUUCUCUGUGUGUAUAACAAUGGUAAGCUCUGUUGCCUUCCUCCUUUUUUUUUUCUUCUUUUUCUAAAUAGCUUUGUAAGACGAUUCCCCUCUUCUCCCCUUUUAUGAUGACACUCUCUUGCAAACAUUUGUGAGAAGCUAUUUUUUUUUUCUAAGCCUUGGGAUUGAAAACAGUUGGGCUAAACCGGCAAACCGGGGGUGCCUUAAUAAAAGUACUUUAUUUUCGCUUGCCGCUAGUUGAAGGGUGGGUAGGAGGGUGUCCCUGCAUUCUUUCCAAACUCAACUUUUUAUUUGUUUGUUUGUAUUUUUCUUUCUCUUUCAUUCCUGAGUGUCACCUAAAUAGAUCAAUAUUUUGUUUAAUUUUUAACUGACGUUCUUUUCCCUUCUCUGAAGUUUUGGGCGAAUCAGACUUCUAAUAAUAAAAUCUUAAAGGGAAGGGAAACAAUAUGCUUUGUGGUCAGCUAGUUUGAUCAGAUUUUUACAGGUUGGACAGCUUCCUAGUUAAAUAUUUAAACACCUUAUCUAGAGGGGGACUUUAUCAUGCGAAAAACAAGAUUUUCUACAUAUGUUUCUGAAGAAGCAUCUGUUUUGCUAAGAAAAGCCUCUUUUCAAACUUAUUAACCCUAGUGUUAUACCAAACCUGUAAUGAGUCAGACAGGUCUGUGUUCAUUCCUCUAGAAUUUGGAUGACAUUUUUCAGAAAAGUUGAAAUACGUGCAUAUCUGUAUUUCUCCACUUGUUUCCUUUCCUUGCUCAAAAGUUUCUUGCUCAAUAAAAGAGCAAUUAACUCUGGAAAAUGCUUAAGAAGCUCUAGUGAGAAAGCAAGUUUUUUGGUGAGAGGAAGUUGCAUUGGCUGCCCAGCUGACUUAAGGAAAAUCUGUGCUAAUGGAAAGGUUUUUAAAUCCUGCUUUUCAAAUCUAGGGUGCUGGGAGGAGUGUUGAAAAAGGAGGUUAAGUAGUGGUGGGUUGGAACCAGCUGUUUGACAGAUAUAAAGCACAACUGUAAAGCUGGGGUUCCAUGACAAGAUGAACCUGGUACUGAAGCCUUGUCGAGAAGGUUCCGAGGCCAUCCUCCAUGGGGAGUUUGGAGCCUACCCGCAUAAGGGGAUCCGCUAUGCCCUCAGCCUCACCCGGAUUGAAUUGCAUAUCCAGCGGCUAGUACCCAAGCCAGACACUGAUCAACGGACUGUGAUACGGCUGAUAGAUGUGGUAGGUUGCCAUACGCUGCGAAGCCAUACAGCAGCAAACCAGUCAGCAUUCUUCUGCAUCUAUGCCUACCCACUGAAGAAAAAAAAGGUAGCAGUGGGCUCAGGAAGGGCCCGGCAACGGAUUGCAAAGACCUUUCAAGUGGACGGAGCAGAGCGCUACAAGGACAACCAGGCUCUGGCCGAAAAAUGGGCAGCUGCCAUCAAGUGCCUAGUGCUGGGGAUUCCAAUUUCCAGUGAAACAGAGAUUAGCUGUAAUCUACUGCCACGUUCCCGCCGCCUACUCCUCUUGCUCAACCCCUUUGGAGGCAAAGGUAACGCACUGCAAUGGUGUCAGAGUCACAUCCGUCCCAUGAUUACCGAGGCAGAUGUCAGCUUCAACUUGAUCCAAACAGAAAGACAGAACCACGCCCGGGAGCUGGUGCAGAGUAUCUCUUUAGAUGAAUGGGAUGGUAUUGUGGCCAUUUCAGGAGACGGACUUCUUCACGAGGUUAUUAAUGGUUUGAUGGAACGUCCUGACUGGGAGGAAGCAGUUAAAAUGCCUCUUGGAAUUCUUCCCUGUGGAUCUGGGAAUGCUGUGGCAGCUGCUAUUAAUUGCAGUGCUGGGUUUGAGCAGGUCAUGGGCCAGGAGCUGCUGACAAACUGUACCCUUCUGCUCUGCCAUGGGGCAGUUUCUCCCUUGGACCUGGUCUCCAUCACCACCACAUCAGGCACUCGAAUCUUCUCUUUCCUGAGUGUGGCCUGGGGCUUCAUUUCAGAUGUGGACAUUGAAAGUGAGAAGUAUCGGCAUAUGGGCCCAGCUCGGUUCACUUUCGGGACCAUGAUUCGCCUAGCUUCCCUCAACACUUACCGAGGCCGGCUCUCCUACCUUCCUGCUCUUGGUUGUGCAGCUCAUCGGCCGAUUUUGCGCAGUAUCACCGUAGCCGCCAAUGGGAGUCUUCCCUUCCAACGCCUGCCCCUCCACCGCACAGUCUCCGAUAUGGGCCUUUGCGAGGAGCGCCAAGCCUUCUGCUAUCGUGAGAUGGAGUCAGCUGAGGAGCCCACUCCCUCACCCAGCUCCCCACCUUCUUCUUCCAGCUUCCAAGCAUCCAACUUCAGUUUUGAAACCCUGUCAGAAGUGACGGUAGACAAGGAGUCCCAGCAUACCGAUCUGCCCAAAGUUCUACCAAACCGGUUGCCUUCUGCCCGGCAAAUGCACGGCCCUUUGGAUGACUUUCUGGUCCCGCUUGGACAACCGGUGCCCAAGUCCUGGGUGACGGUGGAGGAUGAUUUUGUGCUGGUGUUGGCCAUUUACCAGACUCACUUAGGGGCAGAUCUCUUCACCAUGCCCACCGCUGGCUUUAAUGAUGGUCUUAUCCAUCUGUGCUUUAUCAGGGCAGGUAUCUCUCGGGCAGCCAUGAUUCGCCUCUUCUUAGCUAUGGAGAAAGGCACUCAUUUAGACCAUGAGAGUCCUUAUUUUACACACCUCCCCGUCCGAGCUUUCCGCAUAGAGCCUCUCACUCACAAGGGAAUCAUCACCAUUGAUGGGGAACGGGUGGAAUAUGGACCCAUUCAGGGACAAAUCCAUCACGGGAUUGCCAACUUAGUUACUGGGAUCAACCAGUCUAAGCUGACUACCUUCUGACGGGUUGUGUUAAUUCUCUUACAGAGACUAACAGUUCUAAUUUGACAUGUGUUUCUUUUUAUUCUGUUCUCCGACCACUAGAGGGCAAGCUGCUUAAAAUGACUCAUUACCCUUCUAGGCAUUUGAGCGCACACAUCGUAUAUCCUAAUUAAUGCAUCUAGAGCGUUUUAACCAUUGCUUUCCAAGAGAUGCAAUAAUUCGAAGGAUGACUUCCUUUUUUCAACUCAGCACCUGGACAGGCCAUCUCAAGAUUUUCCAUCACUCAGAAGCCACUGAGCUUUAAGUCUGUUGGUUUGAGUGAAGUGGAACACAAAUGUAAAACCCUUACGUGUAUUUGUAAUGCCUCAAUUAUCCACCUGGGGUUUCCAUCAUUCUGCCCAGCAUUUCUUUCUGUCAUACUUUUCUAACCCUAAGUUAGCUCUUCUUGUAAAGCUUAGAGACACCUUGGCAAUAGCCUUUCUCACUAUUGAAGGUUGGAGACAGUGAGCAGCCGUCUAUCUGACCUAUAUUUUUGUCAGUCUCUUCAAAAUUCUGGUUUAUUUAAAACUGUAGGGCCAGGAUGGUUGUUUAGCUCAAGAAGUUCUAGAAUAAUUUAACACUAAAGCCCUUUAGUCCUUGGAACUGAAAUUAGCUUGGUUUUUCAGCACUUGAUUUAAAACACUGGACUUUGCAUUUAAGCAAAACUUUAGGUUCCACUGGUGAAACGGAAUUCCUCUGUCCCUUUUCUCCAAAUGGCCAGUCAGCCUCCUUCCUAUUCCAAGGUCUUAUCCACCUUUUGCUCACAUUUCAUAAGACCUAGAGGAUGGAGACUGAGCAGGGCAGACUCAUUUACUGUAGAGGCCCUGAUGGUUGCACUCUUGAUAUGCACUCUUGGUAGGCUACCUAUCCUCCAUAUAAACUGGAGUUGGGAAACUUAGGUCCCUCCAAAUAUUGAUGGACUACAAAACCCAUCCCUAAUUGCUGGUCAUAUGGGUUGGGGCAAAGGAACAAUAUUUGAAGACCACAGUUCCCCCCUGGCUUCCCAGCCUAAAUACAGGUCAGGGGAAUGCAUCUGAAACUGGACGUUGAAUGUACUGGAUGACUUGCUAAACACUGUUUGUUGGAGUGUUUUGUUCUCUGUUUUGUUCAGAUACAUUAAUUAAGGCCAAUUGUUUUGUCUUCUCUCCUGGUUUACAGGGGGUUGCGUUUGGGUGGUCCUGUAAUUCUUCUCUCCAUGGAUGACCAAAGCCAUAUAAGGAAAGGAAGAGGACCCUAUUUUCUGAAACCUGCAAUUGUUGAUUUCUAACCAGUUUAUGGUAUGCUAGAGGGAGCUUGAAGUACUAUCUCCCUUUCAUAUCAUGACUUGAAGGUGGCUUCAUUUUAGGAAUACACUGGAUGAAUGUAACUGGAUUUUUCUUGUGGGAAGAAUUGUGCUAAGGUGGCUGCUUUUCCCCUCCCCACCAUGUGGGGGCUAACAAGAAAUUAAAUGAUCCAAAAACUGUAAUAGAUAAGUGUCUGCAUAUGAGAUAACGCUUAUAAUAUGUGUUCUCCCUCUCUCUUUCUCUGUUGUAACUAACAAACCAGGAGAUCAAGUUGGUUAACAUCUCCCUUGUCAAACUUUUCCCAAGUUCAUACAGUGAUAAUCCCUAAAGCAAGUAUUUGCUUAAGACUGGAUCUCAACUGGCUCCAGGUUCUUAUGCCAAGUUUAGUAGAAACUGGCUGAUCUCAAAAAACUGAGCAGGAUUGCCUGAUAAAUACUUCAGUGAGAGGCCAACUUGGAAAGUCAAAAUUGUAGGAAAGCUGGAAAAAUAUCCUGAACCUGGGAGAAAAACAGCAAACCUAGGAAACGUUAUGUAACGUUUCCAAGAAAACUGUGUGGCCUUUGGCCUUCACUGACUUGAGUGUGGGUUAUUCUGUAAAGAUUGGGAAAGAUAAAUGCAAAGGCGCGAGACUUUCUCCUUCGUGUGGACAUUUUUGGACAUCUACCAUACAAAUUUGAACAUGUCCUAUUGCUCUGGCCUUUCUCGGCUCUGUCAUCAAACUCCAAGCUGAAAGAAAGCAUGGGAGUGAAGAAGAAGCCCGUAGUAAGGAUGACUGUUCCUCGUGGUCUGUCUGGUCUUCUGGGAGAGUUGCAAGAAGAGGAUGGAAUGGGCAAAAAAGACAACAGAGUAAAGAGAGGGGGCAGUUACAAAAGCACAGAAUCCAGCCCAUAAAAACAAGGGGACAAAGCCAGAAGCUGAUACCUUGGGAUGUAUUUCAUUAACCAAAUCAUAGAAGCUUAGGCAUUUAGGCCUCCCAAGUUCAUAGUGCAUAGUGCAUAGUCCCAAGUCCCAUAGUGCAAAAAGAUCCAAAUUAAAACAUCCCAGAUAGGAAGCUAUGUACUGUCCAGUUUGAAAGUAUCUAGCAAAGAAGAGCCAUCACCUUCCUUACUCCCCCACUACCACCAUGGAGUAAUCAUAGUUUGACUUUGUACUUGCCUCAGAUACAAGCAUCCUGAUGCUGCUGGGUCUGUAGCAAGGAGGAGCAGAUAGUAGACUUGGAUCCAUUGAUCAAAUGUAGAUUGGGGGAAGCUGUGUCUUUGUUAAAUGUCAGCAGCAGGAGGAGGAACAAAAUAACAACUUCCCUUAAUUUUAGGAAGUGCUUGCUGGAAGUGAAGCAAACCUAACAAAAUAUGGAGUUUCCGGAUGGAGAGUGAACCCGUAGAGGUAGUCCUGGACUUAGAACCUCAAUUUCAGUUGUAAUGGUCAUAAAUUGGAUUACUAUAUGAUCAUGGACAAUCUUUUUUGGUGGAGGUCGUUAAGAGAAUGCCAUAGUUGUUAAGCAAAGCCGUUGUUUGUUAUGGCUGGGUUUGUUUGUUUGUUUUUGUUUUUGGCCAGAAGCUGGAAAUAAAGGCUGAUUUUCAGCAAAUAUGAUAUAAAUUGUGGUCAUGUGACCGCAGAAUGUUGCAAAUGAGUAAAGGCAGGCUGGUUGUAAGUGCCAAUAAUACAAUCACAUAAUCAGGGGGCAGGUGUUAGAACUUGAAAUCUGGAUCGCAACUAGCUUCUUCGAGCAGUCGCUAAGUGGUUGGUAUAUCCCAUUUCUGAAUGCCGUCAUAAUUUCCUGCUUUUCAAAUUGCAUCCUAAUUGAUGUUUUGAUUUUCUGCUAACAGUUAAGCUUGGUGCAAGGGGAAAGAUAGGACUAAUGCAAGUCUGAAUUCCUCUCUUUCCUGGACCUUAUAGAGAGGUCCUCAAAGUAUGUAAAAAAAAAAAAAAAAUACGGCAUUGGGAACAUGAUGGCAGAAGUAUCUGCUGCUGGACUCCAGGUGACAAGUUGGAGCAUGUCCUUCCAAUAGAUGAAACCCUUCUUCUCCCCUUUUUAAAGACUAUAGUUGUUGCUAACCUCAUGGGCAACAUAUUAAGGCACUGCUGCUUGUUGCUCUUUAGCAACUGAAAUGAUACUUACAAAUAAUAUUGCACAAUGCAACAAUGCACAAAAGUUCCUUAGCUUGAGCCUGGCUAUGAAAUGGGUUGAAUAGUUACCAUGCAGUAUUUGUAAAAACUGCUUUGGGAAUAAUAGGGUGCUGGUGUUUGGCCCCUUCAUCCCCAUUCUUUCUUGUUGGAGAAACAUCUGAAAUGGGUGUGCAGCUGCUAGCUGAAUUGAGUUGUACUUCUCCAUGAGAUUUCAUGGGAUUCUUGAUUUCAGAGUGGGUUGUAGCUCUACCCUUCCAAAUGUGGUUGCACCAUCACUAGAAAUCUUUCCCAUCAUCGUGGAGAGAUUGGGGACAGAUCUGGGUUAGUGUUUCUCGACCUUAGCAGCUUGAAGGCGUCGACUUCUACUUCCUAUAUUCCCCAGUCAGCAGGGCUGGCUGGAGAAUUCUGGGAGUUGAAGUCCGCUCGUCUUCAAGUUGGCAAGAUUUGAGAAACACUGGUGUGGAACAUGGAAUCUGCUUCCCCUAAGAUAUCCUUUGAAACAGCUUAUCUCAUUUGGGUGUCCAUUGAAUGUUCAGGAUUACAAUCCUGAUUCAGGGGACUGGAAAACACCUAGAAUCAGCUGGUAGCAUGAACAUGAAGUUUUUCUGGCAGUGUUUUGGAGAAGAGAUAUUUUGGUCAAGACAUCUUGAUUGGGCUUGGCCCUCUUCUCAAUUGUCCUGAAGGAUGGAGCACUUCCUGUGCUCACCUUGCUCAUCCAUGUGGCAAAGCCAGGCAAGAGGGCCAGGGAGCUUUGAAGGAUGGGCUACUUUGAGGUUAUGGGCCCUGGUAGGUACUUUAGAAAUCCAGCUCUGCUUCUACUGCUGCAUUAACAUGAGUAUUUCUGCUCUAACUUCUUCAGGAAUAUUUUUGGCACUGGUGGCAUGGAAGAUCAUUAAGGGAUCUCUUUUUUCUUUUUGUUUUCUGGACCCACCUUAUGUGCAAGGAGCAAUAUCAAGUAUUGUCUUUAUUCUCUUAAGGGCAGUUAACUAUCUUGAGAAGGAUACUAGACAUGCUCUCAUGGUCAUAAUAUUAACAGCUUAUUACUUAUAUAUGCAUAUAGGAGUAAUUCUUGGAUUGCUUAAUUGAUUUUGAAGCCAGUAGAAUUUUCUCACUUUUUCCUUUUUCUAUGUAUAUAUCUGUGCUUGGGUGCUGGUAUUUGCCCUCACCUAAUGAACAUUUUUGUGGAAGUCUAGAAUGUGAGAAAAUGCCUUUCUCUUUGCUGCUAGCUUCAUAAGCCCCUCCUACAGUGGUCUUGGGGCAGGGUAAGAGCCCAGUUCAAAAUAAAGAUGAUAAUAGGCAAGGCUGUAUAUCUUUUUCUGGGAUUUGCCGUAAAUUUUAGCUUCCCAAGAAAGCUGUUUUUAAGCAAGGUUUAACAGUGAAACCCUAUUUUCCUCCUUCCCUCUGUCCCUUCCUUCCUUUCUGUCUCCCUUCCUUUGUCACUUCCUUCCUCUCCUCCCUCCAUUCUUCCUCCUUCCAUGUCUUCCAUCUCCUUCCAUCCAUCCAUCAUCCAUUCAUUCUCUUCAAUAAUGCCUUUCUUUCAUUUUAUACACCCUUUUUCUUUUUGAGCCCUCUUUCUCUUACUUUCUAUCUUCUGUUUUCCCAGCUAAAUUCUUUUCCCAGAGACGGGUCUCUUGUAGGCCACUUGAAAUUGGUACAUAGGCAACAUGAAGCGUAUUCUUGUUCCUGACUCUUGGCAGUUUCAGAAGUUUUGGGUAAUGACAAAAAUGUGAAUCAUAUUUUUUUUAAAAAAAAAUCCUGCAAUAACAUGCAAUUGGUAAUGGGAUAGGGCACCAUCUGAAGGCUUAUUUAUAAUUUCUUGAUUUAUUAUUUGAUUUAAAACCUUUACACAACUCAAAGCUUAUUUACAUUACACAUUUAAACCAGUUUAUUACUAGUUGAACUGCCAGGAGAUUAAGCUGAUCAGAAGACUCCGAUAGCUAAUUCUGUAAAGGGGCUUCCAGAAUCCUUAGCAAGUCUGCCAGUGAAUUGUUUUCAUCCUGGUAAUUUGAAGGAAAUGUUAAUUCAUUAAGAAAAACAUAGUUACAAAGAUUUGAGUGAUCCGUUGCUCAACAAGAUAUAAUUUUAUAGCAGCCAUGAUAAAACAAUUAUGUAGAAAGAAUGAUAUUGGCUCCGUUCUCCUGGAGAGAAUUACACCCCAAUUCAUUAUUUCAUUAUAUUUGACUUGGUAAAUUAUGUGACUCACUCUUUUUUCUGUCUCAUUUAUUUUAUAAGAUUUUCUGGGAUUUAUUUUUUUUUUCAAAAAAUGGGAGGGCCAUCAUAUGGGCAUGAAAGCCAACUGGGUGACUUGGGACCAAUCACCAGAAAACUGAAUUCUAAUCCCAAUUUAGGCAUGAUUUUGGGCCAAUCACUAUCUCAGCCCAACACACCUCACAGGGUGGUUAUUUGGAGAAAAUAGGCAAAGGUAUUAGGUAUGUUUCCUGCCUUGGCUAUAUUUUUUCUUCCGUUGUGUUGGAUUUUCAGAGAUGGCCUGGAAAAAAUCCCUACAGGUUUGGCAAAGUUUUUCAGAAAUGGUUUGCCAUUGCCUCCUUCCUAGGGCUGAGAGACUGUGACUGGCCCAAGGUUACCCAGCUGUCUUUGUGGCUAAGGCAGAAUUUAAACAAUCUCCCAGUUUCUAGUCUGAUGUUUUAAUCACUGCACCAAACUGGUUUUCUGUGGGGUUUUUUUUAUUAUUAUUUGUCUCCUUUUCCAAAUUAUCCCAGACUGUCCCACCACUUGAGUGGUGGUCAUGUUUAUCGCAUACACUACAGCUUUGGUGUAACCCACAGAGUGAUUUGAGUUUCAAGGUUGCUGAAAUUAAGCAAAGUUGAAAAAUGAGAAGGAGAGGUAAGAGAUGUCUUAAAAAAUACUUUUUCAUUCCCCCCCCCAUGGAAAAAAAGAGGAAAUAUAGAUUAAAUGGGUAGCCAAAUACGUAGCUGGUUAUAUUAUACUUUGCAGUUGGAAUAGAAGACAUUGUAAAAAGAAUAAAAUAGCUGAAAUCCAAACUCUGCUGACAGCUGCUAGAAUGUUAUAAUUGCAGAGUAUGCUGGGAAAUGUAGUUUUUGUGGAUAAGUGGUCUUAGCUCCUUUCAGUUGUCUCGGUAGAUAACAUUUGAAAUUUUGUUUUCUCUUCUUACAACCCCUUUGCCAUCUCUAGGAAACAUUUCCACACCAACAGCGUCAUUUCCAUCUUGGAUGGCCCUAUUAUGUUUGUGUGAAUUAAAACUUGGCUUGUACCCCUUUUAUUUGCAGAGGUUUUAUAAAUGAUGCAAAUGAACACAAAUCUUAUAUCUCACCCUUUCGACAGUGGAAAGAGCAUGCUUUUCUGAUGCAAUUCUGUCUGGUUAGUGUAGCCCAAAUGGCAUUUAUUUUUCACCCAUCUGACUCCCAAUUGAUAAAAGGCCUUUUUGUUUAGGCUCUGGAAUACAAUGCUCCCACACUGGGAUUAGAUAACUAUAAUUUUUGUUUCUGAGUCUUUGCCUUUAGAGACAAUCUGGAAACAAAACCUCCACGUUAAGUUUGUAGCUCAAUUUUAAGUGCUAGGUUUGACUUACAAAUUUUAGCCAACAUUCAGAUCCCAUCAAUUGCAAAGGGUGCCCCUGGUUUUUUUUGUUUUUGUUUUUGUUUUCCUGCCUGCAAUAUAAAUUCAAGGGCUUGAGGUUCAGCAAUCCAGGUUCAAUUCAAGUUGAAAAAACAGUUUUUCAAUAAUGAUCUCACUUCCGCAAAAUAAACUUCCAGCUGGGUUUGGCAAGCUCCACUUAUUGCAUGUUUUUAGAGGAGCGGUUACUUAUUUCUUCAUGGGUUGUAAUGUUUUUCUAGGUCAGAGAUUUUUUGCCUGUUUUGUAUUAAGGCUUUGUUGUUUGCAUUAUCUGGAAAAAAGCCAUAGAAGUUUUUCCGGCUCCCAGGUGGCUUGGCCAACUUUUGAAAAUGCCAAGAAUUGUGUACCAAGCUGCUUUAGAAACAGUGAGAGAAUGGCAUCAAUAUAUCUUGUUCCAUUAGCAAAUGCUGUUUUUUGUGUUUCUGGUCCUUCACUGUAAAACCUUCACUGUAAAAUCCGGAAUAUGGUGCCAUCAGGAUAGGCACACCUUAAUUACAAGGCAUAAUUCAUUCUUUCCGCAGCAUCUUAUUUAUUUUUCUCCCCAAAUGCAUUUCAACCUUGCCUGUUUGUUCCUCCUGCCUUACUCCGUCUCCUUCCUAGAUAGUCAUCAACUGUGUAAUGGAGGCUGUUCCAGUCUCAGCCCACCCACCGCCUUUCCUUUCUAGCCAUGGCACCUUUCUGAUCCUCCAGCUAUGAGAAUCUUGUCCUCUGCACAUAACAACUGGAGAAAAUGGGAGGGGGGAGUAAUUUGGGAUGUUUAUCCGUCUGAAUGUUUUGUAGAGUUUAAACGUUUUGUCUCCAGCUGCCCCUGCUGUGUUGCCUGUCAGCUAAAUCAUGUUUAAAAUGAAUAUUCUACAACUUGGUAAAACAACAGCAAAGCAAAAACAUCCUAUGCAAUAAAAGCAAUAGCAUGAA